AUGGCAUCUCUUUUACAGCGCGUGAAGAUGGCAGUCAAGCUGUCCGUUGAGGAGGAAGAUGCAGAGAGAUCUCGGUGGAUCAACGAAGAUCUCCUCCCUACGCCGCCAGAACAACAAACCUGGCACUGGUGGAACUAUGUCACCUUUUACUGGUCCAUCUCAUUCACCAACUGGACCUUGGGAUCUGCGAUGAUCGGCGUUGGUCUCAACUGGUGGCAGGCUAUUAUUGUGAUCUUUGUAUCUCAAUUUAUUUCGUCCAUUGCCAUGGCGUUCAACUCCCGCUCAGCAGCGGUAUACCACAUUGGAUUCCCUUGCGUUGGCCGGAGUGUCUUUGGCAUGUGGGGGAGUUACUACUUUGUCGGUGCUCGCGCAAUUUUGGCCAUUAUUUGGUAUGCGGUGCAAAUGUACUCUGGUGCCCAAUACAUGUACAAUAUCCUUCGAACCAUUUUCGGACACAACUUCACUGAUAUCCCCAAUCACCUGCCUGAGAGCGCCAGUAUCACCACCCCGGUAAUGUUGUCCUUUUUCCUCGCCUGGUUGGUCCAUCUGCCGUUUUGCUAUUUCCGGCCGUAUCAAUUGCGCAAGUUCUUCUGGUUCAAGACGAUUGUUUCGCUACCGGCAAUUUUCGGUUUGUUUAUUUGGGCUAUGGCAAAUACAAAGGGUCGCCUGAGCGGGGGACUUUAUGCAGCAACUUCGACAAGUUCCAGUACAGUGGCGUGGAUGAUUUUGGCCGGAAUCAACAGUGGCAUGGGUAACACUGCUACACUGAUUACCAACCAACCCGAUUAUGCGAGAUGGUCUCGCAGUAAGGGUGCUCCCGUCUGGACUCAGUUGAUCUCAAAUCCUAUCGCGGUGACUUUAUCUGCUAGUCUCGGUAUUCUGUCAACAGCAGCCGUCAACCUGAAAUUCGGUACUAGCAUCUGGAACCAAUGGGAUUUGAUGAGUCUGAUUUUGGAUAACUACUGGACAUCCAGUGUCAGAUUCGCUGUUUUCCUUUGCGCAUUCGCCUGGCUUGUCCAGGUUGUGGGAGUCAACAUUGCAGCCAACAUGAUUGCUUUUGGCGCUGACUCAUCGAUGUUAUUUCCAUCAUAUAUCAAUAUGCGUCGAGGUCAAUUCAUCAUCGAGAUCCUUGCUUGGAUUGUUUGUCCAUGGAAGAUCCUUGCAUCGGCGGCCAAGUUUACAACUUUCCUCAGUGGAUAUGGCCUGUUCAUGGCGAGUGUUGUGGCAAUCAUGGUGUGCGACUACUUCCUCCUCACCAAAGGAAACAUUUUCGUACCGUCGCUGUACAACGGAACCCCCGCCAACAAGAACUACUACUAUACCCACGGUGUCAACAUUCAAGCGGUGAUAGCUUAUAUCAUUGGAAUCGCGCUUCCCUUCCCUGGUUUCUGCGGCCAACUAGGUGCGAAUGUUUCCACGGCGGCAAUGCACAUCGUCGAUCUCGGCUGGAUUCUGUCCUUUGUUACGGCAUUUGUGGCGUACUAUCUUAUUUGUCAAGUUUGGCCUACUGCGAAUAUGCGAUAUGUGAAAGAGCACGGCUAUGGGUUCGAGCAGAUUGCAUCGGAUUUGUUGAUCGACUCCACUGAGUGGAGUGUACAGAACGAUACCGUCGUGAGAGACGAUGUGUACAUGGAUAAGCACAUGUCAUAG